AACCUCCUUCACACAUAACCGUUAUUUUACCAACCCAUUCACUGCUUCCCUCCCUCUCCAACUACCACUCCCACUCCGUGAAACCCUAACAUGCCCCUUCCUUCUUCCCUCUCCCUCUAAACCCUAGCUCCUCCAAUGCUGACGCAAUCCCCAAACCCCAUCAAAUCCUCCCCCAAAAUCUCACUCUCUUCCAACUUCUCCGCCUCCAACACUUUCUCACCAUUACAAUUUCCAAACUUUCCCUCCAAACCAAAAACCCUAAACUUCAAGCUCCUCUGCUCACAAUCCCCGACUCCAAACCCGUCAGCACCACCGUCUUCCUCUCCAAUUGAAACCCUAAUCAAUGUAUUACGGAUCAUACCUGACUGGGCAGACCGCACGCAAGAGCGUGGAAUGAGACAGCGCAGAACACUUUAUGACCAUGAGAAAUGGAUGCAGCACAGAAGCUCCUACCGCCACCUCCGCCACUUGCUUUCCAGCCUUUCGUCCAGAGUCAUCUUGUCUUUGAUACCCCCGGUGAUUGUUUUUACUUUGGUGGCUGUGGUGAUUGCUAGCUAUAAUACAGCAGUUGCGUUGGAUUUGCUUCCGGGGUUUUUCCCGUUAUUGAGGUCCUCAUCUUUGCCGUACCAGCUCACAGCGCCGGCAUUGGCGCUGUUGCUGGUGUUCAGGACAGAGGCUUCGUAUUCAAGAUUUGAAGAAGGGAGGAAGGCUUGGACUGAGGUGAUUGCAGGGACUAAUGAUUUCGCGAGGCAGAUCAUUUCUAGUGUUGAGAAUUCGGGUGAUGCACAGCUCAAGAAGGCACUCUUGCAGUAUAUUAUGGCCUUCCCUGUUGCGCUGAAGUGUCAUGUCAUUUAUGGCUCAGACAUUGGACGAGACCUCCAAGAUUUGCUUGAAGUAGAUGAUCUGCUAGUUGUUUUGAACUCAAAACAUCGACCCGGCUGCAUUAUUCAGUUCAUCUCCCGGAGCCUCCAAUUGCUAAAGUUGGAGGAAUCACAGAGAAAUAUGUUGCAAUCAAAGAUCUCUUGUUUCCAUGAAGGAAUUGGCGUAUGUGAACAGCUAAUCGGUACUCCCAUCCCUCUGUCAUAUACGCGCUUGACCUCAAGGUUUCUAGUCCUAUGGAAUCUCACUCUCCCUAUCAUACUAUGGGAUGAUUGCCACUGGAUUGUGGUUCCUGCUACUUUCAUCAGUGCCGCUUCUUUGUUCUGCAUUGAAGAAGUGGGUGUUCUUAUUGAGGAACCAUUUCCGAUGCUAGCCCUUGAUGAUCUUUGCAACUCAGUUCGGAACAAUGUACAGGAGGCCCUUGCAAAUGAAAGAGCAAUCCAUGCACGGCUUGCUGCAAAAGGAAAGAUCCAGUCAGAGCCGCAGUUUCAAAAUGGCCAGCCUAGACCUUGACCCUUGGAUGAGAAAGUCGGCUACAAUAAUCUUCACAAACAUUAUACAGGCACCCAAACAUAACUCCACGAGUCUGCAGACCGACAAGUUUCCUGCAAUUUCCAUCAUUUGUACGAUGCAUUACAAUUGAGCCUCGGGGUUGAGAUUUGUAAAUAUAGAAAUUAUGAGAACCAGGGAACCUUAUUAGUUAUGUCAUGUUUGUUUCAACGGAAGAUUAUGUUUCACAUAUGUAUGUAUCAUCUUGUAAUA